GUACCCGCCCGCCCGGCCCUGGCGUCCGCAUCUGGCGCGCGGUUGCCCCGAGUCCCUCCGUGUCCCAGCGCCGGGCGCGUCUCUCCCCGGGUCUCGGCUCUGCACCUCCGCCUCUGUGCUCCCGUCCCGCCGCUCUCUUCCCCUCCGCCCUCGCCGGGUCUUCAGCGGGUCCGCGGGCUCGCUCGGCGCCUGGCUCUGCAGUCCCCAGCGCUCCGGGAUCGCAGCAUCCCUCGCUUUCCCUUCCCGUCUGGGUCUCUAUCUAUUUCUCCGUCUCUGCGGCAUCCUGUUGGGGCGCCUCCACCCCAGCGUCACCUCCUAGCAAACCUUAUGGCACCCCAGGAACUUCCCUCUGGGCUGGGCGGCUGCUUGGGACUCGGGGACGGGCAUGAGAGUGUGCCCCUAUGUGGUACGUACUGGUGACCCUGGGGGCCCUUCUCAGUCACCCCAGGCUCCUGAGGUCGCACCCACUCCACCCCCCAAGUUCAGGAAUUCCUGGUUGGGGGGCGGACUUCCUCCCCCACUUCCUUCCAGGGUUGGGCUGUGUCCCUCUUGACUCCUUCCUCUCUCUGCCUCCCUCCCCUCCCCCUUGAACCAGACAACUUCCCCCCACCCAGGCUGAGGGACAGCUGUAGAAGUGGGAAGUGUGGGUGCCCAGGUGUGUGCAAGACCUGGUGCACACCAGGGCUAGAUACACAUGGAGGCCUUGUUGGGGGGCGCAGAUAGAAUGGGGACACCUCUAAGGCCCUCCUCAUCAUCCCCACUCCCUUAGGAGCUCUCAAGAGCCCCCACCUCUGUCUGCUGUAUGCCAGGAACCUGACCUCAGAUUUGGGGUGAGGAGGGGAGACUUUCCUUUCUGGGAGGGUACCCAGGACGGGUAGGAUAAGAAAGAUGGUGGGAGGCUCCCCAAACUCUGGAAAUCAUACCAUCAGGAACCCCUGAGGACUGGGAUACAGGUCAGCAGUAGGGCACUUGCCCAGCAUGCAUGGAACCCUGGGUUCCACGCCCAGCUCCCUAGUUUGGGUGUGCAGUGAGAGGCUGGUUGGGGGGUCUUAAAUGUGAAAGUCCAUGAACAGAACGACCCCGGCCCAGCCGCCCUGAAGGCUCGAAGGUUCUCAGGCUCCUCCAAUCCAAUCCUUCAAGCAGAUUAGUGUUGAAAUCUUGGCAGUCUUCAGUGGUCACAAUGAGGGCUCCACAGGGCUUGCAGAGUCAUCUAGGCCAAGCCUCUCCGCCAGUGGACAGGUGGGGAAACUGAGGCCCGAGAGCGAAAGUCCCCAAGCUGCAUCAGUGCUAGGCUGGGAAUGCGGCCCCUGCUCAACUGACGCCCAACAAUGAACACCUGGCUUCUUUUUUGUCCCUAUCGGAGAGGUGGCUUCUCUGGUUGUCACUAAAUCUGAUUAAUGUGCUGAACGAGGUCUUGAUCUUGGUCUUUGAGGCGAGCAGAGAGGGAUGCCAGGGUGAGUCUGGAUGGCUGGAGUCCAGAGGGAGGGUUUUGGGAGCAGCAGAGAAGAGAAAAUGUUCCUGGCACCCCACUGGUGAGGAGGGAGAGGGGCCAGGGCUGCUGCUGGGGAAGGGGAGGAGAUUGGGGAGAAGUGGGGAGGGGAGCCGGUGUAACCACGUCCCCUCCUGACCCUCCGAAGCCCACUGCUCCCUCGGGACAGGGCCUGUAAUUUGGUUUGUGUCUAGACAAAUAAUAACUCAGCUGGGGUGAGCGGAGACCGCUGAGCCAGGGGUGGGGCGGCAGCUUGGGCUCCUGUGUCCCCUCGGGGGGUGAGAAUUUAGGGGACCAGAUAGAGGUAGCAAAGGGACCCCCAGGUGCCCUCUUCGAGAGUCCGCGCUCCCAGGGCACCCUGCAUCUUGGGAUUCAGGCCGCUGGGCUGUCAAAAUCCAGAGCAGAAAAGGGAGGCAGGAGGAAGCCAGCAGGGAUGCUCACCUCUCAGAGGAUGUUCCCAUUUCUGUAAAAAAUAGAAAGAGAAAAGGGGAAAUAUGUACUCAUGUUUGCUGGGCACAGAUAAAAAAUCACUGAGGGUUUAAUAAUAGAUUAUGAAAGUCGUAGAAUGGUUUUUUUUUUUUUUUUUUAAAUCAGUGUUCUAACAAUAGAACUUCAGAAUCUUGGAAUGUGAGACUCCAGGCUAUUGGAAACCUGGAAGGGUGCGCGCUCAAAGCGGCGGGGUAAUAAUAACUGGACGGCAGCAGCGAAGGCUCGGGCUCCGAGCCUUCGGUGUUAGCACGGAGAACAGCCAGGAUCCCAGGGCUCCAGAAACGCUGGAAUCUAGAACAUCUGCGGCGGCGGCGGCGGCGGCGAGGGGGCGGGCACAUCUGAGGACUCCAGCAUCCCUGCCGGGGAGCAGGCAUAAAGAUCCCCCUGAUGGAAAUGGGGGAAACUGAGGCCCAGCAGGGCCAGUCCACGGGGCCUGGCUGCCCCCUGGUUUCCGUCACCGGCUGCCAGGGCACCAGGCCCAGAGAGGUCAGCUUCGUCUGAGGUUUCAAGCUGAGACCACGUCAUCCCAACCACGGGGACCCCAUCAGGGCUGAAGCAAAAGCCCUCCCCUCCUUCUUCUCCCCUCCCAGGCCUAACCUCGAACCUCCUGUGAUCCAGCCCUUGGUCAUCUCCUUCCUGUUUCCCAGCAGCCCUCCGCUUGGUCCCCUGCCCUUCCUCUGUCCACCCAACGGGGCAGCCCCUGAGGCCUACACACCUCAGUCUUACGCAUUUCCUUAUUUCCUGCCGGGGCCCUGGGACAAUCCUGUGCUCUGGCCCACACUGCCAGUCUCGCCAGCACUCCCGUGCCCUGUCUCAAUGCCUUCUUGUGGGGUUUCCUGUCUUCUAGAACGUUCGUCCCCCAUGGCACGUACUUCAGCAUAAUUGCACUUACUUCCUGGGUGCUCUCUAAGCAUCUCCCCUCAUCACUGACACCUCCAUCUCCUCCAUUAGCUGUCCCUUGCCCCAUUUUUCUGCUGCCCCAUAGUUUUUUUUUUUUUUUUUGCACUAGGGAUUGAACCGAGGGCCUUUCCACUGAACUCUGUCCGUUAUCCCUUUGAUUUUACCUUUUUAACUUUUGAAACAGAGUCUGGCACAGUUGGCCAGGCAGGCUUGAAUUGGGGAUCCUUCUGCCUCAGCCUCCUUAGUGCCAGGGCUCCGGGUGUGCACGCCCGCACCCGCUUCCUAGCUCUUCCUGAAGUCCUGCUGAUCCCACAGACACCUCCGUCCCCACCCCCUCCUAUUCUUCCUCCCGUGCUGUGCCUCGCUUUCCCUGCCCAGCCUGCCCAAGGGUUCCUCUUGAUCUCUUCCUUGGGACUGUCAUGUUCCCCUGAGCCUCCGAGGAGGGGGCUCAGGGGGCCCGAUGGCCUCCUGCCCCCCCACCCACAGCCCGGCAGCCCCCCCGCAGGGGAAGAGCCCAGGAAGCCGCAGCGCCCAGGAUGGGCAACCGCUCGUGGGAGGGCUGCCACGUGGACUCUCGCGUGGACCACCUCUUCCCGCCCUCCCUCUACAUCUUCGUCAUCGGCAUGGGGCUGCCCACCAACUGCCUGGCCCUGUGGGCCGCCUACCGCCAGGUGCGGCAGCGCAACGAGCUGGGCGUGUACCUGAUGAACCUGAGCGUGGCCGACCUGCUGUACAUCUGCACGCUGCCGCUCUGGGUGGACUACUUCCUGCACCACGACAACUGGAUCCACGGGCCGGGCUCCUGCAAGCUCUUCGGCUUCAUCUUCUACACCAACAUCUACAUCAGCAUCGCCUUCCUGUGCUGCAUCUCCGUGGACCGCUACCUGGCCGUGGCCCACCCGCUGCGCUUUGCCCGCCUGCGCCGUGUCAAGACGGCCGUGGCCGUGAGCUCCGUGGUCUGGGCCACUGAGCUGGGCGCCAACUCGGCGCCCCUCUUCCACGAUGAGCUCUUUCGAGACCGCUACAACCACACCUUCUGCUUCGAGAAGUUCCCCAUGGAGGGCUGGGUGGCCUGGAUGAACCUCUACCGCGUCUUCGUGGGCUUCUUGUUCCCCUGGGCCCUCAUGCUGCUGUGCUACCGCGGCAUCCUGCGGGCCGUGCGGGGCAGCGUGUCCACCGAGCGCCAGGAGAAGGCUAAGAUCAAGCGGCUGGCGCUCAGCCUCAUCGCCAUCGUGCUGGUCUGCUUCGCGCCCUACCACGUCCUGCUGCUGUCCCGCAGCGCCGUCUACCUGGGCCACCCCUGGGACUGCGGCUUCGAGGAGCGCGUGUUCUCCGCCUACCACAGCUCACUGGCCUUCACCAGCCUCAACUGCGUGGCUGACCCCAUCCUCUACUGCCUGGUCAAUGAGGGCGCCCGCAGCGACGUGGCCAAGGCCCUGCACAACCUGCUCCGCUUCCUGGCCAGCGACAAGCCCCAGGAGAUGGCCAACGUGUCCCUCACCCUGGAGACCCCGCUUACUUCCAAGAGAAGCAGCGUGGCCAAGGCCCCGGCAGGCAGCUGGGUGGCAGCUGCCCCUUCCCAAGGGGACCAGGUGCCGCUCAAGGUGCUGCUGCCCGCGUAGUGAGCCCCACAUUCAGAUCUCGGCCGUGGCCUCUCCCCCGGGUCUGCUGUGUGCAAACUGUAUGUAAAUAGGCUGAGUUGAAUGCCGUAAGGACGUAACAGGAGAAGCAGAGGCUGGGAUGUCACUUCACGCACCCCCUCCUCAUGACCCCCUAACAAUUCGGUUUAACUGUCUCCAGCCCUAAGCUGGGCAGGGCGAAUGACAGAGCAGUGGCACUGUCCUCAUGGACUCCCAGGCCCUGCUACUGUUCUGGGCCACAGAGGGCUUCCUGGAGGGCCGGACAAGGUUGUGAAGUCAAAGAUUUGGUUUCUAGGAGGUAAAGACAGAAAGAAAGGGUUCUUGCCAACAGGGCGGUAAAGCUCUGACUCCAGCGCAGGUGGGAAAUAUCACGGAGCACGGUCAUUAUGUUUGCCUUUGGGAUGUCCCUGGCUCCGUGGGAGAAAGGGUGACAGACAGACAGAUUCUGAGAUUCUGUAUCAAGUGUCCUGCAUGUAGGAACUGAGGAAGAGGAGGGAGAGUGUCAGAAACCAAGUGAAAAGCAUUCAGAGCACACUGCAUGGAGGAGGCGCAGGACAAGAGAAAGGACAUUCAUUCAUUCAUUCAUUCAUUUAUUCAUUCUUUUGAGAUUUAUGCCCAGCAUGUGUUGAGAGGGGCUCAGGAUGCAGCAAUGAAUAUGAAAACCCUGGUCCUGCUCUGAUGGUGUUCAGGAAAAGCAAGUGAAAAAGUAAGCAUAAGCAGGCAUGGUGAUACAUACUUCUAGUCUCAGCUAUUUGACAGGCUGAGGCAGGAAGUUCCAGGCCAGCCUGAGUUAUAUAGCAAGAUCCUGUCUCUAAAAACCAUGAUCACAAUAAAAAAAUAAAUAAAACAUGGAGUCACUAAGCGGAAGUGGAAAAACAGCAAGUUGAGAGGAGAAAGUGUGAUCCAGAUGAUGGAGUCUGAUCCAGAUGAGGAGGAUGGGUGAGUGCUUAUAGCAAGAUCUGAAGGGGCGAGGUGGCUACUGUGGGCAAAGAAUUCCAGGGAGCAAGAACAGCAAGUGCAAAGGCCCUGGGGUCACUGCAGAUUUUAAGGAACCAGAGGUAUAGCAGUGUGGCUGGGGUGGAAGGUCAGGAGGGAAAGAGGAAUGGGACAGGAAUGGGUCAGCAGCCACAGGCAGAUGGUGUGGGACUGCUUGUCUUGCUAAGGAUUUGCCUUUUAUUCUGAGUUAAAUGGGAGCCACAGGGAGGCUCUGAGCUGUGUGCCGAAGUGAUCUGACUUCCCUGUUAAUGGGGUCCUGCUGGCUGCUGAGUGGGAGGAGGAGGCAGGAGGUAAAGGCAGAUGCCAGGGGCCUGGUAAGAUGGUGAUUGUACAAAUUUAGGCUGGACAUGUUGGUGCUGGAUGGGUGGAAAUGCAGGACCAGACAGGCCACUGGUCAGUGGCGGGGUUUAUUCUGCAGGAAUCAGGCGGGGCACAGGAGCCCCUUGCCAGUUCUGGGAAUGAUCUUAGCUACACUAGGAAGGCGGCACCACAGAGCCUGAGCGAGGUGUCCAAGGGCUCAGGCCUGGUGAGUCAGUGCUGGGCCAUCCUGGGCUGGCUCCCUCCUCCCUACUCCAGCAUCUGUUCCCACGCCCUAGAGGGGCCAAGGCCUCAGGGGUCACCAGGGCUGGGGAGCAGGAGGAAGCACCCACUCUGCCAGGGCCCCACUCUCCCAGAGCAGGGGUGGAUGCAGACUCCUGAGCUGCAGAACCCUCCCCCACAUUGCCCUGCACCACUGCCCUAGAAGUUCCCCCAAGUGCUUCCUGGAAAGGCUUGUCCAAGAAAGGCAGAGGCAGGCAGAAAGGAGUGGGAAAACAAUGCGCUUCCUGAGAAAAUGACUUCUGGUGAGGGGGUGAGGUAGCAUGGGGGGCAGGGCAAGGAGCCCCGAAGUGCGGGAGGGUGGGGCCUAGGGUCUGGGCAGCCAGCUCCCUCCUCCCACCACCUCAGAGCAGCUGAACACAGCCCCCUCCCACCAAAUGCUCCUUCCAGCCCAUUCAAUAAACAUUUAUUGAGCA